CUUGCUAAGAAUCCUGGGACGGUUUCUCUAGGUUCCAGUUUCUCCCGUACAACUCAAUGUGGCGAUAUUUUGAUCCAUGAGGUUAUGAGGAAACUUCUUCGUCGAUUUUCGUCUUACGUUGCGAUGAGUUCCUACGAGGUUAAACAUAAUGUGAAGGGGCGUGAAUUUUACAUUGCUUUGGAGAAAGGCAAGGCUGUGCUGCAAUAUGAAAAUGAAGGGAAUAAUACCAUGAACAUGUACCACACCGGCGUACCUACAGAAUACAGAGGGCAGGGUAUUGCUGGUCACCUGGCCAAGGCAGCACUGGAUUAUGCUGUUGUCCAAGAUGCCAAGGUUAAACUAACGUGCACAUAUUUGCAAAAAUAUGUAAAGGACAAUCCUUCACCAGAGUAUACAUCCCGUGUUGUUUGACAGCUCAACAUUAAUUCUAUCCCACACCAUAGAUAUUUUAGCACUCAUGAAGAAUUGAUGAAUACUUGUAACUUUUAUUUAUUUCAAUUUCUCACUCAAGGUUUCUUGAUUUGGCUGGUCCAAUUGAAACUUACAACAAGACAAAUAUAUUGAUAAUAGCAAAAUCUGCUGCUUUUGUAUACAACUGUUAGGAUGUUAAUAAAUUUGACUAAAACAACAUGAACUAAUAAUAAUGUAGAUGUAUGUAACAACACUGCUGAUCACAAAAGUGUGAGACUGUACACUACUAACUACAGCAGAUUCUAAAAACUAUAUUUUUAGCACAUUGUCCUUUAAAAAUUGUAUUUUAAACAAUAUAAAAGGAAAGAAAAUAAAACUUGAUCACUGUUCGAUAUUUAUUACCAUCAAAUCUUUAAAUAUGUGUUUACUAAUGCAGUAAUGAAUAAAAGUAUACACUAGCCCGCUACCGGCUUUAUUAAGACAACCAAGUUUACCUUCCAUUUACUAGUAAAAUAUAUGUUACUUUAAGUUAGAGUUUUUCAUUUGUCAUCCAACAAAACAUUGUGUAUAAAUUAUGACACAGUAUUUUCAGUUUGAGGUAGUUUGGUUACACAAUAGCUUUGACCACAGUGUUGGCAGACACGGAAGUAACAAGUAUAUUCCAUUCAAAAUUAAUGUAGAAAUUAGAUUAACUGUGUGAACAAAAUAGCUUAUUAAAUGUAAGUUCUGUAAAAAGAAUUUGUCAAACAUUUAUUCAAUUAUUUAGUAAGUUCCAGACUUUAUUUUUCAUGACAUCAAACUUUUACUUUUUUUUUUCAAACAACACAGGACAUUUCAUGCAAUAUAGUGAUUUCACACUCACCAUAUUGAAAUUGAAUUAUUAAAUGCUAAUAUGAACAAUAAUGCAGUACGCAUGUACAAAUGAAUAUUAUGCUUAGAAACAAUUCAUGCAGAUAAUUAUUUAAAGAAAGUAGAUUUCCUUCAGUUCCAACCUUUUUUUUCUAAAUUGUUCCAUUGUCAUCUGUAUUUCAAGAGCAUUCAAACCUUAAUUUUGAUUAGUGCCUUGUUACUUACUGCUUGUGGAUGUCCUGUGGCUUUUUUUUUUUUCAUACUGUAUGGGCAUUCUUUAGUGUUUUUCACAUUAGCAUAAGACUUGUUUACUCUGUAACCAUAUAAAAAAACGGGUUUUUACAAUAGUUCUUACCAAAAGUCAUCAGAGCUACUGACAAAUAUGAAGAAAUGUUCCUUAAUUUAUGUUGAAAAAGAUAUUAUAUUUCUAGCCCUGUUGUAGAGAUCUAUAUGUCCUAUAAUCUUAAUCUCCAUUAAUUGAAUAACAAUAUUGUUUCAUUAAUAGACUCUUUGACAAUAAAAUUGUUAUGCUUUGCACAACCUAGGUACAGAUAGAAUUCCCAAUUAUUUUCAGAUAUAUAUGAUAUAUGUCCUCUGAGUAUUAAAGUGCUACUGUGACCAAAAAUCAAUUCUACUUUUUCUUUGUACUUCAAAACUGUAUAACUGAACCACUAAGUGACCGAAGUUUUAAGCCUUCAUUUCAAAAAGACACUUGUUUAUUUUGACUGAAAUUUUCCUAAUUAAUGGUCUGCCAUUACUAACUUUAAAAUCUUGAGAGAGCUGGAUCGAGGAUAAGACAACGUCAAAGACUCACUAGUUUAAAAAUGCAAUGCGUGGGCAUGUGCCUAAAUUAAUAUGCAGCACGGGAGUUUUGAACUUUCAGACUUUUAAACUCAUGUUUUGCAUGCACAAUAAGCUGCGUUUACAUGCUCCAAGUUUAAACUAGCGAGUCUUUGACAUCAUCUUAUCCUCGAUCCAACCCUCUGAGGUCCAAACGGUCAGUCUUGAAUGUGAAAUGGCAGAAACUUGCACUCCUUGAAACAAACUCAAAAUCCUAAACUUGCACUCAAAGAAAACAACCUUUGGAUAAAAUUCAAAGCUCAAGAUUUUGCCAAUCACGUGUCAAACACGCUUUUAAAAUCUGAAGGAAAAAGGGGAGUGAAUUUUUUGAUCAUAGUAGCACUUUAAGGGGGAAACUUAUUGCAGUAUUUUUUUUAAAUAAAGUGUUUGCCACACUUGAUGCAAUUCUUCAUAUGCUAGUUAACUCUAAUUUGUAACAUGUUUUCUGAAACCAAUCAGUCUUCUUUUUCUUCUUUUGUACUAAAUGUUCGGUAGCUUCUUUCCACCUUCAUCAGAGCUACCAUGAAGAAAGGUUCCUACAAGUGCUACAAGCUCAUGUGCUGGAAUAUAAGCACAGAAGAACGGUUUCCUCUUAUCAAAUGCUCCCUCAUGCUUGCAUACCUCUGAUUCAACAUUAAAAAUGACCACAGCACGGGGUUGUGAUACAAGCAGUUACUGACAAUCCUUUCUACAUUGUAGCUCUGAUGAAGCUAGACAAAAGCCACCAAGAAUUGAGUGAACAAAAAAAAAAA